GGCCGUAACUGACAACAAACUGUUCAAAACAGGAAUAACUCCCAUAAACCACCAUCACUUCUGUGUGUAAUUCACAAUCCCAUUGGGUAGCAGUGCACCGUAUUGUCUGGAAUGGAGAGAACAGAGAGCAGAUAUAACAAGUUUCGUGUUGGCCAGAAGAUUGACAGUGACUAUAUUAAUUGUUUACCUCCAGAAAUGAUUUUCAAAAUACUAACCUAUCUGGACGUACAGAGCUUGUGUAAGAUUAAAAUGACCUGCAAAUAUCUAAAAGAAAUAGCAGAAGAGGACGAGUUAUGGAGGAGACACUGUCAGGCGCAAAAAGCCAUCUGUCCAUCAGAGAUAGCUGAAGAUCAGGCACAAGGAUAUACCUGGCAGGUCAAUAUUGCUGAAGAUUUUAUUCAUAUUCAGGGCAAUGAAAAUAAACACCUCGACACAGAUGUGACAGAUAUUACCACAUUCAAGGACAAUAUUCUACAUAAUACCAAUGCUUACUUUCUGAUGGAAACUUUGCGAAGAAACUACAGCAAAAGCAUGAUCAAGCAGCAGUGGUUGGAGGGAAGACUCAGUAACAUCGCUUCCUAUUCAGAGCUGCCGACGACAAACAUGUGUCCGAUGAGUGCCAGCUCUUGGGGAGAUAUUCUUGAUGCAGAACUCACAAGAGAUAAACAAAGACAUAUUUAGUUGAUACCGUAUAUCGUUAUGUAGUGUUUUAAUAUAAUUACAUUUUAUGUAUUGAAUGGAUAUGUGUAACAUUGUUGCGAUACAUAUUACAGGCAUUCCCAUCUUGGGCCCUCAUUCCAAGCUGAUCGCUCACUAGCUACUUUUAGCAGCCGUGCAAACGCAUAGUCGCCGCCCAAGGGGGAGUGUAUUUUCGCUUUGCAGGAGUGCGAACGCCUGUGCAGCAGAAUGGCUGCAAGCACAUUUUGUGCAGAACAAGACUAGCCCUGUAGUUACUUAUUCUGUGCGAUGAUUGCUGCGACGAAUGACACGGUAAUGACAUGAGAUACCAGCCCAGCAAACACCCGGCCAAGCCUGCGUUUUCCCAAACAGUCCCAGAAAAUGGUCAGUUGACACCCAGAAACUCCCACUUUCUGUCAAUCUCCUUGUGAUCGGCUGUGUGACUGAAAGCGUCGCUAGAACUUGUGCAAAACCACGAUGCUCUUUGUGCCCGUACGCCACGUGUGCGCAUUGCGGUGCAUGGUCCUCAAGGCACACUAACAAUCCAGGUUUUCAUGAUAUCCAGGCUUGAGCACAGUUGACUUAAUUAGUACCUCAGUUAUUUUGAUUUAAUUAUGUGCGCUAAAGCCUGGAUAUCACUAAAACCUGCACUGUUCGUGUGCCUUGGGGACCGAGGUUGGGAAUGCCUGGGCUAUUAGAACACAUGAUUUAUAGUGUAGAUUGUAAUAAAUUACCAGUGAUAAUAACUUUAUUUUAUAUAUUAGUAUU